CACGAGACAAUGUUCAUGUCAUGUGAUGAUUUCACAGCAGAAUCCAGACACAAAUAAACGCCACUGUUUCUCCUUCGAUAAACUCACAGACAGCUGUUUGCGAGCGCGCGUGUCGCGCAUCUAUUCUCUGCAGCGGCCGCCGCCGGAAGUGAAAUGCACGGCGUACUGUCCAUGACGUCAGAGUGGCGAGGAGGCGUGACGUGAGAGCGCAAUGACAGAUAAUGUAUGAGAUGACAGGGGGAGGCGGAUGACAGCAGACUCUUCGACAUCUCCGCUUCACAUCUGGUCGAUCUGUGUGGAUUUCUCUCAUUGAUCAGCUGAAAUCUGUGUGAGCUGAUGGAGGCGGACAUGAUGUCUCUGCAGUACAUCACCCACGAGUGGAUGUGAGUCUCUCUCUGUGUGGAUGUAUCGGACGACGGGUGGAUGUAUUUGAGGAUUUGUGCAGGAGUCUGUCAGAAUCGCACGCGCAUCAUGUCGGACUGAAAACGCGCGCGAGAAAACGGCGACAUUAAAACACGGACGCUUUCACAGAGGAGCCGAGCACGCGCCAGAAAAAUGGGAGAGCAGCCGAUCUUCAGCACCAGAGCUCACGUCUUCCAGAUCGACCCCAACACUAAAAAGAACUGGGUGCCCACCAGCAAACAUGCCGUUACUGUGUCAUAUUUCUAUGACAGCACACGUAACGUCUACCGCAUCAUCAGUCUGGACGGCUCAAAGGCCAUCAUCAACAGCACCAUCACUCCUAACAUGACCUUCACCAAAACAUCACACAAGUUUGGUCAGUGGGCUGACAGUCGAGCGAAUACAGUGUACGGCCUGGGCUUCUCCUCCGAGGCUCAUCUGAGUAAAUUUGCUGAGAAGUUUGUGGAAUUUAAAGAAGCGGCGCGGUUAGCGAAGGAGAAAUCUCAGGAGAAGAUGGAGUUAACCAGCUCACCGUCACAGGAAUCAGCCACAGAUCUUCAGUCUCCUGUGACUCCUGAGAGCAUCAACGGAACAGACGACCGAGUGACGCCUGACGCAGUGUUUAACGCUGAGAGUCGCCCGGAGCCCAACGCUGUACCCUUCCCUCACAGCUCCACGUCCAUCACCAAACACUGGGAGGCUGAGCUCGCCGCUCUGAAGGGAAACAACGCCAAACUGACGGCAGCGCUGCUGGAAUCCACCGCCAACGUCAAACAGUGGAAACAACAGCUGGCGGCUUAUCAGGACGAGGCCGAGAGACUCCACAAACGCGUGACGGAGUUGGAGUGUGUUAGCGCACAAACCAGCAUCAUCAAAACUCAGAAAACAGAACUGAAUCAAACCAUCGAGGAGCUGGAGGCUGAACUCAGAGCUAAAGAGCAGGAACUGGAGAAACUGAAGGAAGAGGUGGAAAACGCCAACCAGCUGCAAGAGCAGAAAGAUUCACUCGCUCAAAAGUUACAGGAGAAAGAGUUGAGGAACACGGAGUUAGAAGCUCAGCUGUCAGAUCUGGAGCAGCGUCUGGAGAACAGCCAGCUGGAGGGAGAGAGCUUCCGUAAGAGUCUGCGCUCGCUGCUCGACCUGCUGGACGGAAAAAUCUUUGAGCUGACGGAACUGAGAGACGCUCUGGCCAAACUCAUCGAGAGCGGCAGCAGCUAAACACACGUGCCCCGCGUUACACACUCACAAAUAUUAUAUAGAGAGUGAACUGCUGUGAUCAUCUCACAUUCCACAUGCAUGUUAAACACACACACACUCCAGCAGUGCAUAAACACACACACACAACACAGCAGUGCAUAAACACACACACACCACAGCAGUGCAUAAACACACACACACCACAGCAGUGCGUAAACAAACACACACCACAGCAGUGCAUAAACACACACACACACCACAGCAGUGCGUAAACACAUUGGAAUAGCAAGUAAACAGUAACAUUUAAACACACAAACAUAUUAAAAGAGUGUGUAAACGAAGUACUCAAAACACACACACACCAACAGGUGUAUUUGUUUGACACAUGCCCACAAACACGCACUGAUCUGUACAGACUCACAAACACGCAUUGAUCUGUACAGGCUCACAAACACGCACUGAUCUGUACAGACUCACAAUCACGCACUGAUCUGUACAGACUCACAAACACGCAUUGAUCUGUACAGACUCACAAACACACACUUAUCUGUACAGACACACAAACACACACUUAUCUGUACAGACACACACACACACACACACACACUGAUCUAUACAGACCCACAAACACACACUUAUCUGUACAAACACACACUUAUCUGUGCAGACACACAAACACACACUGAUCUAUACAGACCCACAAACACACACUUAUCUGUACAAACACACACUUAUCUGUACAGAAACACACACACACACACUGAUCUAUACAGACCCACAAACACACACUUAUCUGUACAAACACACUCUUAUCUGUAUAGACACACAAACACACACUCAUCUGUACAGACACAAACACACACUGAUCUGUACAGAUACACAAACACACACUGAUCUGUACAGACACACAAACACACACUGAUGUUUACAGACACACAAAGAUGUGAGGCAGGUUUUACUGCGUCUGCCAUGAAGGAAACACUGAACCACAGCAGUUGUGGAAGUUUUGUUGUUGUGUUUCAUUAUUUCAGCAACAGAACCUGAUGUUGUACUUUGACUCCUGCUCCGUUUUGCUCACAAAGGUACAAAAGAAAAGACGAACACCAAACCAAUCAGUUUUGAUUAAAACAAAUGAAGAAGGAACUAUGAAUGAAAGGUUUGAUUGACAGAUCACGUGUGGAGCGGCGUCCAAACAUCUCAACACAUAAAAUCCUGCUGGAUUGUUCGCCAAACAUGUGGAACUUUAUUUACAUCAACUGGAAAAAAGGAACAUCCUGUAACUCUUCCAUGAAUGAACUUCCACAAUCUGAGCAAUAUAAGAGAAACUUCAGUGACACUAUCAGGUAUUUUACACAACUCUUUUCUGAGACACGCACACAUAUACACACACAUACACAAACACAUUGCAAGGAUUCUUCAGUGCAUAUAAUUGUAUUUGCUUUCUAAACACUUUUUAAAAAUAAAUAUGACACCUUUUUGUGCACUUGUUUAAAGGGCCGUUAUCAGACAUUGAGGUGAAAUUGCGGUUUGUUUUGUUGUUUUUGUGUGCAAUGGUUUACUUGAUACUGUACGAGUUCUGGUUAUUUAUUGUAAAGAAAUAUAUAUUUAAUCACAGUAGUUGCAUUUAUUCUAGUUUUCGGGUACAAACAUGUUUUGUUCUCUCUUUUCCUCUUUUCUUGUUUUUAUUAUUUACUAUGUGGACAUAUAGUUGUUUUUUAUUAUGGGGAGGGCAAUAUUUUUGAACCGAAUUUCAAGGGAAACCUGAAAUGUGACUUGACUUUGCAGAGAGAAUAAAUUCCUCUGGUGUACGGCUGAAGUCGCCUUUGUUACUGGGACAUUAUUGCCAAAGUCCAGUGAUGAUGUUUGUGAGAUGAGAUGAGGAUUUAUUCAUGAUUAUGUGAAGAACUUUAAGGGCUUUGCAGCAGGUGGUUUACAUACAUUGGGCGACUUUAUCAUCAUGACAUGAUAUGAAACAUUUGAGAGACUUAAUAAUUGCAAAUCUUGAUGGUACAACAUGCUGAAACACAUAAUUGUAAUUAUGAGUUUUUAGUAAAAUUAAAGAGGAAAAAUGA